GUUUUAUUUAAAAAAUAUGGAGCCUGUUCAAAGUGAAAAGAAGACUGAAGAGAAAUUUGAUUUUAAGAACCUACACUUCGGAUGGUUUGUUGGACACGCUUUAACGGUUGUCAAUGCCUUUGUCUUUUUCGCAUCCCAAUUACUCUUCCGUCCUUGCAACUUCUUUUAUAGAGUAUCUUACUUGGGUGUGAUUGCUUCUUACGGUAUCGUCCUUUACAAUUCUUACAAGCCUUUGGGUUCCAAUGAAUCUUAUUUUAAAAGAAUGCUUUUGGAUGAGAACGCACAAUAUUUAAUUGUAGCCGUUUACUUCUUAUUAACAAGAAGAAUUGCUAUUACACUAUUACCCUUUUUUAUAUAUUCCGUGUUCCACGUUUUGGAAUACACCGAAAAGACUUUGAUCCCUGCUUUAGCACCUCAUCAAACCAAGGUACAAACCUCUAUUCGAGAUGUGACCAGCAAAUACCACGACAAGGCAAUGGAACUCACUUCCAAAAUUGAAGUUGUGGGUGUUAUGACGCGACUUGUGCUCGGACUUUUUGUUUUCCGAUCAAGCAUUUUAUCUGUCUUGAUUUACGCUCAAUUCUUACGUAUGCGUUUCUACAUGUCUACAGAUACAAGAGAUUUCUUGACAGAUGCAGGUUCUCAACUGGAUCGUUUAUUGACAGCACCCACCGCUCAUCCUAAAAUUCCCCCUGCCGUCAUCAACGCUUAUGCUACUGUCAAGGAGAAAUUAGGUGUUAAACCCAUCUCAGCAAACACUGCUACUACAGAUGCAACCAAAAAGCAGUUAUAA